AAAAAUUUUUUUUGUAUAUAGUGCCUUCAAUCCUGCAAACGGAUGUGUGUUUAUUUUAAAAGUAAUAUUUUUCAAGUUAAACAUGAAUGGUGAAGCGUCUUCUUUGAAAAAGUGCGAAUUGAUCUGUUAGAUAACACAGUAUAAAAACUAUUAACCAAUAAUAGAGUGAGUAAGUAAGUAUCAAUAAUGAGUCACUCGCAAGACGUAGUUAAUACGCCGGAAAUAAUGGAACUGGUGAGACUUCUUCGCCAGAAUGGCGACAAGAUCUUGAGCGCUUCCAGCAAGCUUUCCUUGUCGACGAAACUGUUGCACAAUCUCAACAAAGCAUUUUCACUGAUUGUAUCAGAAUCCGAAGAUUUAAAUUCUUCAUUUCAUGUGUGUAACAGCUCCAAGAUAGAUAUAUUUCGUGAUGUAAAAUUUCUACAUGAUUUUGUGCAAAAGACUGUAGGUUUGAAAGUAAUACAUUGUUCAUCUGACAUCCAAGUUACCAUUGACAUCUCCAAAUUUAGACAUUUAAAGUAUUUGGAACUGAAAGAGGUAUCUGUUGAAUUAUUGAAGGGUCUACAGAGUGUCAGAGGUCAGUUGGAAAGUAUUGUGUGUGCUGGCAGGAAAGGGAUAUCCACAAUUUAUCAAUUAUUAGCUGAAUGUGGAGGUGAUGCUGGAGUCGGUUUCGUAUGGGCAUCUUUGAGACACUUGGUAUUGCCUCAUAACGCUCUCAAAUGUCUAGAUGAAUCAUUAGAAUUAGCACCUUGGCUUCAGAUAUUGGAUCUGAGUCAUAAUAUGAUAAUCGAUGCCAAAGAAAUAUCUUAUUUAUCAAAUUUGAGAUAUGUGAAUCUAGGUUACAAUAAAUUAGAACAAAUACCUAUAUUCAAUAAGACAGUAUUACAUUCGUUACAAGUGUUGGUUUUGAAAAACAAUUAUAUCGAAAAUUUAAGCGGUCUUCAAGGCUUAGAGUGUUUGACAGAAUUAGACUUGUCAUUUAAUUGUUUAAUGGAGCAUUUGAUUCUCUUGCCACUGCAAAAGAUGUCUACCUUGUUGUGGUUAUCUCUAGAAGGAAAUCCUUUAUCAUAUCAUCCAAAACAUCGAAUUCUGACCAUUAAACAUUUACAUCCGAGUUUGUCAGAUAGCAAGUUCGUUUUAGAUCAUCUGUCGCUCUCGAAUGCGGAAAAAAUGCUAGUCGCAGAAAAUCGAAUCUUUGCAAUACUUACAAAUCAAUCUACUCUGACCAGCUCAAUAUCUGUAUACGCUGAUACACACGAAUUUGACCAAGACAGAUUAAAUCAUCGAACAAUAUUGUUAUCUGAGAAUCUAGAAAAAAGUGUAACAAGGAGUAAAAGAAGACCAAAUGUCAAAGAAGCAAUUAUUGAUGAAAUCGAUCAGGAAAGAAGAGAAUUUAAAAAAUUGCCUGAUGUAGUAGCAUCGUCUUCUCAUUUAGAAUCAUCAAAGGAUUACUUGGAAAUAAAGAAACGUAUCUUAGAUCUACGAGAAAAAUUUGGUGAAAAUAAUUGGUUGAGCAGUCACGCAGGAACUUCUGUCCAGCACAUUAUGGGUCUUCAGCCUGCUUCACCAGAAUCUCCAGAAUCGCAAAUAUCUAAAAUAAGGACUUUGGCUAAUAUUAAUACAUCAUCGUCUCUUCACGAUACUUUGAUUUACGCAAUAGAUAAUGAAAAAUCAUCUAAUGAAUCCCAAGAAAUUGCAGAAUACAUAGAAGACGAUAAAGAACUUCCUCAAAAUAAGACCUUGGAUGAUCUUUCGAAGAUAUGCACUGCUCCUAUGAUUGUAUAUGAUCCUAAUGAAGAGACUGGAGACUUGUACAUCGUUCAGAAAAGGAACAAUGAGAAUGAGAUGGAGAAUGUCUUUCUGGUAAUAACUUCCGAAGACAUUAAAGAAAGAGAUGCAAUUACUGGAAAAAUAAAAUUUUGUUGGUCAACAAAUUCCUUAUUGUCUUGCGUCUUAGGUAGAAGCGAUCCACCCACAGUUGAUAUUAUUUUUGACACUACUAGGAAAGAUAAAGAGAAUAGGCGAUAUUUUGCACAACUAGAUGAUGCAAAGAAAAUUGUAACAACAAUUAGCGAGCAAAUCGAGAUGCGGCCAAUACUGCUCAAGAUUUUUAAAUGUAUGAAAUGUUCGACACAAUUCUCACAGGAUCCGGAAUUAUACGUAGCACUCGCUAUUAAAUCGAUGACAGGUACAAAAAUCAAAUGUCCUACCUGUGACAGCAGCUUGGUCAUUGAAGUAGAGACACUUUCUAAUGUAGAUAACCAAAUUAUAAAGAGUCAGCUAAUAGACAAUCCAACAAGACUCAACCUGGCACAUUCCGAGUCAUUCUCCAGUAUCGGCUCAGCGACGAGUUUAGAUGAGUCAAGGGAGUCAACACCGUCUGCCAAUAUCCUGAUGAAGAAAUACGAGAGUGACAUAGAGAUACUCAGUAAUCCAAGCCAGAGCAGCAUAGAAGUUUUAGAUGAAACUCUAAAAGCAAACGUCACACCAAGUCGCAAACGCUCAACGGAGGAAAAGCAUAUCGUAAUCGCUCCUUCUUUAAUAACAAUACCAGAUGCAACGCCGAUCAUGACAGGCCUGACAGAAAGUAGUUCUUCGGGCUCGUUAACAGACAGCAUAUGCACGGCAUAUGAAAAUAAAAUGGUCAAAUCGAAUAUUGAUACGAAAUCCCAUAGUAGCGAUGGCGAAAAGGAAAUAGCAUUUGCUCCUAUGACAAACUUAACAUCGAUGCUGGGAGGCUUGCUACAAAGUAUCAAGAUCGGCAGCAAAACCUUGAAAGGUGAAGAGGCGUCAAACUUUUUUAGCAGUAACGUGCAAUAUUCCUAUACUGAUUUUAGCAGUAUAGAUCAUAGAAUCAAACUGCAUAUCAUUCUAAAUGUAUUUGAGCAUGAGAACGAAGAACUCGUAUUUCUUCUCAAGGCAGACAUUUUGAUGCAUUCUAUGCAAGAAACAUUUUCUGGAUGCUUAGUAUUGUCUACAUCUAAGGUUUAUGUUCUUAGGAUCGAUGGGUCAGAAGGGGAAGAUCCACAGCGUUGGCUUCACAAGGAAAUUAGUUGGACAACAGAUAGAUUGAGAUCUUUUAUACCGCUGCCAUUUAAGCAAGGUGUUUUAAUUGAGUUACAACAGUCUGGGAAAGCCGGCGAAGAGCAUCUCGCUAUCACCCUGCUUUGUAUUCUGCAAGAUUUCCAAAGAACGUCAAAUUUUUUAUUUUAUAUCACAGAUUUGCAGUUGCCUACAAGCUGCGAAGUGGAAUUCUCUAUUCCAGAACGUUACAGCAUUUUGAUGCACAACGUACUAACGAAUGCUGCAAAUUAUCAGACAGGGGACAUCGUACGAUUACUAGCAAUAUUUUCCUCCGCAAUCUUAAAAUAUCAAAAUAUCGCUAUCAAGAUGAAACUAUCUGGAUUGAUACUGACGAGUGCAGCGCUGGUGAUACUAAAGGACAACGUUCAAUGGCUUGUACCAGACAGCAAUCAAGUGCCUUUAGUCACUAGAGAACAAGUUAUGAGCAAUUUGAUUGGAAUAGAACAUUGUGACACUUGGUUAACUUUAAAUUUUUUGGACGAAAUUGCGGGCCUUGAGGAAAGUUGGACAUUGGAAUUUGUCUCUUCUGGUGCUGCCGAGGCUGUAAUAAGUUCUAUUCAGCCUCCGUGGGAAAAGUUAUUCUCGAUACCUCUGCAAAUAACACGCAUAACGCAAGAUGAUGCAGAGAAAGCUUAACAAUACGCAAAUCAAAUUUAUAAUUAAGAAUAAUCACUACAAAGGAAAAAAAACACGCGAUGCCCUAUUUAUUGCAAGGAUUGCAAGAGAUUGACUUGCUGAAACGAAAUAGAGAGAAAUCCAGA